AUGGCCAUGAGCGUCGCGACGCCCACCGCCCACGCGGCCGCGCGUCACAUCCCCGUCGCCGCGGCGCGUCGCCUCGCCGCGUCGCGCUCCGCCGCGGUCGCGCCCCUCCGCCGCGCGCUCCUCGCGCCCCGAUCGUCGCGCGUCCAGAUGCCCGCGCGUCACAGCCGCUCGAACCACGGCAUCGUCACCGCGGGAUGGAACGACUUCACGUGGGGCUCGGGCUCUGUCGUCACCAACGAGCCCGCCGCCCCCGACGGCGGCCUCCGGUCCAUCGUGCUCAAGGUGGACGGCGAGAUGGCCAAGGGGUACGCCAAGCCCGGGCAGUUUUGCCAGCUUCGAGCCGCCGACGACGGCAAGCCCGCGUUUAUCGCCAUCGCGUCCCCGCCGGACGCGGACGCCGGCACGUUCGAGCUCCUCGUCAAGCGAUCGGACGGCACCGCGGGGGAGAUCUGCGACAUGUCCCCAGGCGACGUCGUCCAGAUGUCACCGCCCAUGGGUCCCGGCUUCGACAUGGACAAGGCGCCCGCGUCCGAGUGUCCAAACGCUUUGCUCUUCGCGACGGGCAGCGGCAUCUCGCCGAUCCGCGCGCUCAUUCGGAGCGGCGUCCUCGUCGGCAGGAACGUCACGCUCUAUUACGGCACCGCGUCCCCGACGUACACCGCGUUCAUGGACGAGUUCGAGGACUGGGAGGCGCGAGGCGUGCGAGUGCGACACGUGCAGUCGCGGGUGGGCGGGCCGCCGACGUACGUGCAGGACGCGCUGAAGGAGGACGCGGAGAACAUCGACGGCGCGUCGACGUGCGCGGUGCUCGUGGGUCAGAAGGAGAUGACGACCGCGGUGAUCGAGGUGCUGGAGGGCGCGGGGGUGGCCAAGGAGCGCUGCAUCAUGAACUUCUAA